UAUGGGGCUGCUCCUGGACCACUGUCCUGCCUUUUCCCAUUUUUGCAUCCUCUGCCCUGCUCUGUAUUUUAUCCAGCAGCAGCCUAGCUCUCCCUCUCCAUUCUCCUGCCUUAGUGAGACUUGAUAUCACUGCUCUCUCUCUGACUGUGUCUCCCUUUGCUAGAUUUUAAGACCCCCCCCCCCCCGGCAUUUAAUAUACAUUAAUAUGCUUGGCUCUUUUCCUUUAUCAUCCAGCGUGAGAGCAAUUUUUAACUUUAAAGAGUUGGUUUUGGUGAUUUUUCUGUAAUAUUGUUUUCCUUUUUUCUCAUAACUCCAAAAAAGCAUCACAUCAUCACAUCAAUCUGCUCACCGCACAGGCUAAAGGUUACUCCUUUCCUUUCCUACCUCCUCCCUCUGAACUCUUGAAACAAAGCAUUACCAUAGCAACGGCCACUGCUGCUCCCUAGAUAAGGCGUGCAGAAGCACAGAGCAGCAACAGCAGAGGAGAAAGUUCCUGCUCCAGCGAGCCCUGACUUCAUAUCACAACCAUCCCAGAUCCUUUCAGCUGGUGUGGCUUCAGUGAAAGCAGGAUUCGUCCCAAAGUGACUACACAUAAAAAGCUACAAGAGAAAACCUUUUCAAUGACGUCAACAGAAUAUGUGCAGCCACUUGAUAUCCCAGAAGACAGACUGGACAAGCGAGACUCGCACUGUAAUCAUUUAGAUGAUCUUUCAGAACAGCUUAUUAAGAGUUGUGACCUGAACAAGAAACCAAGAAAGGGUAAAGUCAUCCAGGCUUCCCAGAACAAUGAUUUGGAGCAGAAAAAGCCAAGGAGGAAAGACACACCUGCAUUACACACCCCACCACCUAUCCCAGCCAUCCUCUCAGACUUUUCAGACAAUUUGCUUCAAAGGUAUGAGAUCUCAGAGAAACUACAGAAGGAAAAAGGGACUCCACUCUCUCAGGUCACUGAUUUAGAACAGAAAAAACCCAGGAGAAAAGAUACACCUGCAAUACACAUCCCACCACUUGUAACAGACUUCAUGACAUAUUUCAUUAUGAGAGGGCUUUUAACACAGAAAGAAGGAAAACAAGUUGGUUUGACAGAACAACUUGGCAUGCUGAAGUGCAACAGCAGAAGAUUGAAUUCAGGUGAUUUUCUUGACCUCAAGUCAUGCUUUCCCUCAUCCUGUUUUUGGAAUAUAUUAAGUAACACACCAAGAAAGGUGGAUGUAAAACAUUUUUUUAGAAGCCAUUUGUUGGUUUUUACUGGAAAUGGACAGUUAAGCAAAAAUAAAACUCAUCCGUAUCCCCAUUCACAUUGGACCCAAUGACUGGUUUUAUCCAUUCCAUUUUAAGAAGGUUAUUUUUUAUUUUAUUUAUUGUAUUCUAUUUUGGUAUCACUGUAGUACAUAAAUGCCUCACCUGUUGUUGGGAUCAUAUUGUUCUAGGCACUAUUUAUAGACAUAGGAAGAGACAGUUUAUAUUCUGAGAAGUUUACAAUCUACAUAGAGAAGCCAGAAAAAGGACAAAACAUAGGAUACACAAGGAUCUCCAUUUUACAGGGUGCAUCUACAUGAGACACUACUGUGCAGUGGUUAGUGUGCAUAUAUUUAGUACUUAUGCAUAAGCAAGUACUAAAUAAAUGUGUAGUAACCAGAGUUACUAUGCAGUAGCACCAGCAAACAUCUUUUAAGUGACGCUACUGAGCAGUAGCCUAAUAAUACUACACAGUCACAGAUUAGCACUGCUCAUGUUGUGACACACUACUGCACAGUAUUGUUUGGCUACUGUGCAGUCAACGUCUGAUGUAGACAUGCCCACAGACACAUUAUGUGGUAGGCUAUAUAGCAAGUCCACAGCUGACAGAACACAGAUCUCUUAAAAACCCUAACUCUCAUGCCAUCCUUCUUCUUGUUGGCAUGUUAUAUAGGUAGGGCCCUACCAAAUUCAUGGCAGAAGCAGGCUGUGCUGCAGCUCCUUUAAUCUUGUAGGUUCCCCCAUGCAUACCCCACCCUCACUGAUUGGUGGAGGGACCCCACUUGCAGCUUGCUCCUGAUCAGCAGGGAAGGGCAAAUCAAUUUUAAACGUGGCAUCAUUUUUGCCUCCCUGCCAGUCAGCAGCAAGCAGCAGGAUUGCCAGGGCCCCUUGGCCAAUCAGUGUUGAGAGGCAAAAAAUGGCAUCAUAUUUAAACCACAGUUUUCACCUCCCCACUGAUCGGGAGCAAGCCACAAGCAGGGCCUGUCUACCAAUAAGCAGUGGAGGGGCACACAGGAUUAAAGAAGCUGCAGUGCAGCCCAAUUCUGCCAUGAAUUCAGUAGGGCCCUACAUAUUGGUACAAUAACAGCUGGUCAACAACCAGGACAACUGCCCAGGGCCUUACUAAGCUAACAUGCAAAUCCCAUUCAAAGUAUGGAUGAGCAGAGAAAGGGUCCAUGCUUAAGCCCCUGCCCAGGCCCCCAACUUCUGUAAAGCUGGUGCUGGAUACAAUAUUUUUAGUGAUAUACAUGAACGUGUUCAGCACUGAUCCUGGUGCAUCUUUUUUAUUUACAACUUGCUGACAUUAGGGCUGCAUGAUCACAUUCAAAUAGCCUGGGAGAAUUCUCCCAGGUUUGCUCUCCUGGUAGAGAAAGUUACCCAAGCUGCAUUUACAGACAUUUGAAUGCUGAGGCCCCAAGGAGUGGAGAGCUUGCAGUGCUGACAUUGUACAAAUGGGGGAUGGUGGGGUGGUGAUGGAGGAGGCUGCCCUGUGCACACAUUCAGCCUGUUCUGUAGACUCAUUUAAUCUGCCUGGUGACAAAUGGCAGCAGUGCAGAGGGCAGCUCUGAUUGGCUGACCCAGGCUGCUCAGGGUCACCUGGCAUUUCCCUGAAGCACAAUGCGGGGAUUGUGAAAAGGAUACGUUCUGUUCCCUACUGGAGCAGCAGAGUACAAUGAGAUUUUGCUUGAAUCUUGAACAGCAAAAUCUAAACCAAAUUAUAAUUUUAAAACACCCUACACAACCACAAUUACCAAUAUGUAGAGAGAUUAAAAUAUUAUUCAGAAGAGUAAGUAUAUUGCUUUACCUAACGUACUUUUUACAAACAGUUCAAAUUCCUAGAAUAAACAGCAGUGGGCUAGCUGCUUCAACAAUGCGCUAGUUCUGAGGAUGUACAAUUGUUGUUAUUAGAAUGUGUUCAUUUGACAUUUUUUAAACUGAAGUGCAAACUUAUAGAGGGUGAAUGAGAAGGAAGAAUGGAAAAAUAGAAGAAAGGAAUAGGGAAACCAUAAAUGAAGGACAGAAAGGAAGAGAAAAUGGCUCCAGUGUAAUUGCAGUGACAUAAAGCUAACUUUCUUAUUAGACAUAAUAUGGAAUCCUAGGGUUACACAGCAGCAUAAGAUACUGAAAAAGGGAUUUAUGAUCCAAAAGAUUUUGAGACUCACUUUGUUAAACUUUUUUCUUCUUUUGGUUCCCCCUUCUCUCUUC